CAUUCGGAACAGACUCAUUUCCUUGAAUGUACAACUCUCAAGUUCAAAUAUUGCUCAUAUAGUUCCCAUUAUAGUGAAGUGGAAGCGAUUAAUACUAUUAAGCACGUAAAAUUGAUAAUAAUCAGUUGACAUCCAGGAAUACUGAAUUAUAGAAGUGAUUGAACCUUGGCUGUUCCUGUAAAGACAAUGAAAUACCAGAUUUUUCUAUUUCUAUCGUAUUCAAUCAUAAAGCUAAGUGAUGCAUCGAAUAUAAGGCUGAACAGAAGACUGAUAAGCAACAUUAGUCAAGUGCGAAAAAAUGAACCAGAGGCAGGAACUACGCAAAAUGUAGAAGAUUAUAAAGACAAAAAAAUAACAUGCCGAUGUAAUAUAUGUACAGAUGCCUAUUAUUGUAUGACUGAAGGUGCUUGCUUUAUUUCCUCUAAACAUAAUCAGAAUGACGAGAAAAUCUACACACAAGGAUGUAUAGACAAAGUAGAGGACGAUGAGAGCAUGAUAUCGCAUUUCUGCAGGACUGAAGGCUUCUUUCCGAAAAAAUAUGAGAGAAGAUGUUGCUACAAAAAUCUUUGUAAUGGAAAUGCAACAAUACCGUACACAUUUGAUGAAUCUUACAGCACAGAAAACAUCUAUUUACUAACGUCGUUCCGUCGUUUUUAUGAUCAUCGUCAGUGACCCUUGAAUUUUUGUAUCUAUGAUAUUGUGAAUGCCAUACAUGUAUGGAUCCAAGAAUUCCAAUAAUUGUACCGACUACAACAUCAAUAACAUGAUGAUGAUGAUCAACUAUUCGGGAUAUACCGCCAAAGAAAGCCACACAUAAAAUUAUUGUUUGAAUAAAAGGCAACCAAAAAGAUGUAAAUUUUGAGUGUUUAGAAUGGAAUCUGAAUUGCAGAUAAAGAACUACAAAAGCACCAGCAAAUGAUGUCAAUAAAGCAUGUCCACUAAAGAAGCUCGUGCUCAUUCCAUAAUAUCGAUGAUAAAUCGUUUGAUUUGUGCAUGUAUAGUCUGUGAUCCACGUGUUGGCUGUACAAUUUUCUAAUUUAUCUGGCAUGCAUAGCUCAAAGAAUAUUGGACGAUAAGAUCCUACAAGUACUUUCGCAGCUGUCAUUAUAACAUGGAGACAUGCAAAGUCAGCAAAAUAGUAAUACAUUAGUGAUAACAUGCUGCAUAAAGCUCCAGUAAAUCUUGUUUUGAGUUUCAUCUUAUGUCCAUAGCUGAAGAUCAGUUCCCCGACA